AUGUCGCUAGAAGUCUUGGAUGGGAAAGUGCUCGCCAACCCUCCGCACCCGGAGUACUUGGCCUGUCUUCCGGAAACACUUGAGCAACAAAACGGGCAUCUUACGCCGACAUCCAACUCGUGGGAAGAACCCCAAUCGGAGUCUUCCUCUGUAGACUGCGGCGACACGAGGCCCAGUUCCGUAGAAGAGCACCACCGCGAAAGUGCGGUUGUGCCCGCAAUGUAUAAGUUGAAGGAUAUCGAGCUGAAUUCCGAGCCGGUGCCUGUACUGACACAGGUUCUGCCCCAGAUGGUCAUCGACCACAAACACAGCGAGCUGCACCCGGGGGAGCAGGAGCCCGCGCAGAACCGCGCGACGGAGAACUUGGCCGUUUCGCAUUCUCGCAAAAGCGGGCUUUCGCUCCAGUCCGACCUUGCGGCUGCACACUCCAUUGGUUUGGCACCUUCCAAUGCUGAGGCGUCGCCCACGCAACUCACCCACUCCCGCAGCCUGUUGCUGACCAAAAGAAGACACACGGACUCUGCGGUGCCCAGAUCGCGCACUUCUGUCGGAGAGCUGGUGCUCGCAGCCAAUGUCUCCAAGGAGCUGCGUCCUGCUAACAUCUCCUCCUAUAGUCUGUUCAAGUCCCGCACGGUGGCCGACCUCCAUCUGCAAACAAAGCAGUCGGUCGCCGAUAACGAGUACGCGCGUAUGCGCACGUCGCUCAUCCGCCGCUCCACUUUGCGCCGGAAUGGUGCUACCGAGCCCGACUACGUCAUCCUCGGCAACAAGAUCGACGAGGGCCACCGCAACUUCGUCAUGGCCUACAACAUGCUUACCGGUAUCCGUGUUGCGGUCUCCGGCUGCUCCGGUGUGAUGAAGAGCUUGAGCGAUAGCGAUUUCCGCUCCACGAAGAAACUCACCUUCAAUGCCGACGGUAGUGAGCUCACACCAUCUUCCAAGUACGACUUCAAGUUCAAAGACUAUUGCCCUGAGGUGUUCCGCGAGCUUCGCUCUCUUUUUGGCAUCGACCCUGCCGAUUACUUGAUGUCUAUUACGGGCAAAUAUAUCUUAUCUGAGCUUGGCUCUCCGGGAAAAAGCGGGUCCUUUUUCUACUACUCGCGCGACUUCAGAUUCAUCAUCAAAACAAUUCAUCAUGCUGAACACAAGCAGCUCAGAAGAAUCCUCAAAACUUACUACUCGCAUGUCAAGGAGAACCCAAACACCCUUGUUUCCCAAUUCUACGGUCUUCACAGACUCAAAGUCAACGGCGGAAUGAAGAAGAUCCAUUUUAUUGUCAUGAACAAUUUGUUCCCGCCGCAUCGUGAUAUCCAUCUCAAGUAUGAUCUUAAAGGCUCUACCUGGGGUAGAUACACUCGCAUUGAUACCACUAAUAAUGACAAAGACAAAGACGGGAAGGAGGAACAAAAGAAGGAUAUAUCUGACUAUACUUUGAAGGACCUCAAUUGGCUAGAAAGAGAAGAUAAGAUCAAAUUCGGGCCUGAGAAAAGGCAGAUCUUCACCCAGCAACUUGAGGCAGAUGUGAAAUUCAUGAAGAAAAUCAACGUGAUGGACUAUUCCUUGCUUCUUGGAGUUCACGACGUCAAGAAAGGAAACUCCUUGACUACGGAGAAGUUGUCUGUUUAUGAACCCAAGUCCAAUGUUCGGUCGGAAUUGUUCAAAACAAACCCUCGAGAUAUCGAUCGAGGUGUCGACUUGCCUCGCUCUGUGUUCCCUGGAAGAUCGAAAUACAUAUUCUACGGGCACGACGGAGGCAUCAGAGCCACGGACGAAGAAGACAAGCCACUUCCUGAGAUAUACUACCUCGGCAUCAUUGAUUGCUUGACAAAUUAUUCUUUUAAGAAGCGACUCGAGACUCUCUGGAGAUCUCUUAGCCACUCACGCAGCACCAUAUCCGCAAUACCCGCCAAAGAAUACGGAGAUCGAUUCGUCAAUUUCAUCAGAGCGGGUAUCUCGACGAAUAAAGUUAAGACUAGUUAG